GAUUGGAGAGUUCGAGAAGACGGGGAGGAAAUGGCGGCAGAAGAAGGGCAGGUCAUCAGUUGCCACACCGUUGAGGCCUGGAACGAGCAACUCCAGAAGGGAAAUGACUCCAAGAAACUGAUUGUUGUGGAUUUUACCGCAUCUUGGUGUGGACCAUGCCGAUUUAUUGCACCGGUCCUGGCUGAGCUGGCCAAGAAGUAUCCUGGUGUCACGUUUCUCAAAGUUGAUGUGGAUGAGUUGAAGUCUGUUGCUCAAGACUGGGCAGUGGAGGCAAUGCCCACUUUUGUGUUCUUGAAAGAGGGGAAAAUCGUGGACAGAGUUGUGGGAGCAAAGAAGGAGGAAUUACUGCAAACUAUUACUAAACAUAUGGCAACAGCUAGUGCUUAAUCUGGCUUCAGAGAGUGCCGUAAACGUACUGUUUGAUGUUCUGUCUUAUCAUCUAGUACUGGGAUGCCUUUGGACCUGAGGCUUUUAUUCUGUUAUUUCAUGCCAUCAGUUUCUGUUUACUCUUAUCUUGGAUUACCAGAGAAUAAUUCUUCGUGAACAGUGAAGAACGGAUCAUGCAUUCGUGAUAUCAUUAGCGUUCCGGAUUCUCAUCGCUGGUUAGCUUUGAGAUAUAUGUGAAUAUAAUCGAAUUAAUCGUUUGCUACUAUUUUUGACGCAA